AUGGGUUGGUCUGUACAACAGGUCUCCUCUCGUCCCUUUUCUCCCCUCAGAAUCCGUCGUUUUCUCCUUGUUCCCCUACUAUUGCUUGUUCUUUGCCUCCGCGCAGGAUGAGCCAUACGACUGUGAGCCCUGUUGACUCAUCUUUGCCGGAAUCAUUCACAGACUCAGACUGAGAGAUCCCUUGAAUGUGAUCCCUCCCCCUAUAUUUUGACAAACACGGGCUCACCGGAAAGACGGCAUCAGACCACCGUGCCAGAUCGCUAUUUGGUCUCUCUCCAUUCUUCAGUCUAGCUUGACAGUCCCGCAGAGAGAAGCUUCAUAUCUCAUAGCUCGUAGACGGGAAUACAGCGACCGACAAGUUUUUCAGAUAAGAAGAAUCCGUCCGCGAUUUUUCAAGGUUCCCCGGAGCAGUCGGGCAAAGUACCCAAGAAAGCUCAAUUUAACGACGCACCGGGCGCCACCAAUCCUUGAGAGCCGAGAGAAUCCGAAUGCGAAGCCGUAAGUUCCUUUGUCUUGAUUUAUCAAUUGUCGGGUUCGCUAGAGCCAGUGAUUUUGAGCUCGCCUUAUUUGUAAGACGGCGUUUGUAAGACCAGUCCUCCCCCGUUCUUUGGGUUGGACUAACGCAACAGCGCCAAACAUCCCGUCCCAAACUUCCCAACACCCCCCCCCCCCGUCUGCAAGCUCCCAACGUCUUCAUCUCUCUCUUCUCCAUGCCUCUAUUCCCCGCCUGAUCUUUCGCUUCCCACUCUGCUCAUUUCUUUUCUCUAUUUUUCUCUCUAUUCUUUCGUUUCCUCUGCUUUUCCAGGUCUAUGGCUUGGUUAAGGUCACUCGUUUUGCAGUUUUAACCAUUCGAUCCGCUUGACUCAAUUGUGUGCGCCAGGCAGACAAUGCUCACCCAUUGACCGGAAUAUUAGAUGUCCGCGGAUAUGACGUACAGAAAUGGUGUCAAUGAGCGGCUCGACGAGCUCGGUCUUGCCUCUCCUCGAUCCUCUCUCUCGGAAUCUCCCUUCUCCAACUUCCCAUCGCCUCCGGCCGGCCAAUCGAGUUUUAAUCACGCGGCCAGUUCAGAUAUCCGUUCGACAAUUCAACGCCGAUUCACCACAGACUCCACCAAGUUUUCACCAUGGAUGAGCUUCGGUCCGCAGCCCCCUUUGUUACCGGAGUCGUUGGAUAUACUGUCAUCUGCCACUCGACUCCAUAAGUCACAGCUUUUUGAGAGAAAACGACAGCACAUUGAGUAUAUGAGAGAGCAGAAGAAGAGAUUUGAAGCCGACUUGAAGCUCCUCAACCUCCAGCAAGAGAAGGAGGAACAAGAAAUGGACCAAAUCGCUCGAGAUUUGGCACGUACCGACCUCGGGGGGGCAGCCAGCGAGCCAACCACUCCCCCUGAGUAUCAUGAGUCAGGAUUUCCAACUGCCUUUUCUCGUCCCUCUCGAUUCUCUAUCUCCAACGGCCAAUCCACCCCGAAUCGAUUUAGCAACCUGUUCUCUCCUCAGGUCACUUCUCCAACAGCAAGCAAGGCAAAUUCGUCAUUUGGUCUCAACGGCAGCGAACCUUUUACUUCAACCAUGAAUUCGCGACGCAAUUCUGAGCAUGAUUUCCAUUCUAAUGGCUUUGCAGCUUAUCGCCCCCGCCAUAUGAGCAGAUAUUCAUUAUCAACAACUACAUUUCCGUCUUCAAUUCAAUCUUCUGCAUCCAGCACCAGUGGUUUUGGUCCCUCCUUGGGAUUUGGUGCAUUUUAUACUGGCAAGCAUUCUGUCGACGAGGAUGAUGAUAAGCCAAAGGAAGAAGAACGCAUGUCCACCCCUGACGUGAAAAGCUACUUGCGCAUGACUGAUCCAGAUGAUAAAUUCCCCACUUUAACCAGGCAUGACGACGACCCCACUAUGCUUUCAGCCAAUUCUGCCGCAUUGGAUCUUGCAAACUCUCGCACUCCUGUCCCUGAGACAUAUCGUGCUAAUCAGCGUCAUCAUUCAUCCCACCAGAGCUUGCCACAAAAUGCUUUUGGCUGGCUUCAUAGUGAUAGUUCAAAUGAUAAAUCUCACAUUCCUGUUACAACAUCAGGAUUGUCCAAUGGAAACUAUCACACUCGCCAUAUCAGUCGACCCUCACUGGAUGGAGGGUUUUCAGGCUACGCUCCCUCUACCACAAGCAACACACCAUCUAACAGUCGCCCGGCCUCUUUGCAGAUGUCUUAUUCGACAAGCGAUGUUCCAACAAUGAGGAAUGGUGGCUUUCCAACAAAUAUUACCCCUCCCGGAUCGAGCAGUGAUCACCAUGGAAGCGGAGUCAUCACUCCACACUCUCAUAACCCACUUCAGCUUAAUGACACGCCCCCUACUCCUCAGUCGGAGCACAGCGAGCCUAUUCACAAUGUGCAAUCUUUACAGUCUAGUUUCCAAGUAACUGCUGCGCCCUUCUCAGGGCAGAUCAAGACUCCUGUCACGAUGUCUGCGAAAGUUAACGGCACCGUCACGCCCACAAAGAAUAGCUAUCCACAUUCUAGUUACGGGUAUGGAAUGCAGCCCUGGGUUACCAGCCCAAUGCAAAGCAAUGGGAAUCAUGGAUUUGUUCUUACUUCUCAACCCCCAUUUGCACAGCCUUUCCAGGCUUACUCUCGAUUCCUUGAAAAUCCAGCAAGAGUCGGUCAAGUCCGCCGAAAUGGGGAGACGGAGGCCGGCGCCUUCUCUCGAUUCGCCAAUGUUCCACUUGAACAGUACCGAGGUGAGCUGUAUGGGCUGUGCAAGGACCAACAUGGCUGUCGCUAUUUGCAGCGAAAAUUGGAAGAGCGCAUUCCCGAGAAUGUUCAAAUGAUCUUCUUGGAGACACAUGUGCAUGUUGUCGAACUGAUGACUGACCCGUUUGGCAAUUAUCUUUGCCAGAAACUCCUCGAGUUCUCGAAUGAUGAACAGCGCACUGCUCUCAUUAACAAUGCAGCUCCUCAGCUGGUUUCUAUUGCCUUGAAUCAGCAUGGGACACGUGCACUCCAGAAAAUGAUUGAAUUUAUUUCCACCCCUGAGCAGACUCAAACUGUAAUAAAAGCUUUGCGCGACAAGGUGGUAGAUCUAGUUCAAGAUCUCAAUGGUAAUCAUGUGAUUCAAAAAUGUCUCAAUCGACUGUCUGCUGCCGACGCUCAGUUCAUUUAUGAUGCCGUUGGUGCAAGUUGUAUUGCAGUUGGCACUCAUCGUCAUGGAUGCUGUGUCCUCCAGCGUUGCAUUGACCAUGCUUCUGGAGAUCAGCGCGCACAGUUGAUUGCACAGAUUACAGCCAGUUCCUACACUUUGGUACAAGAUCCUUUUGGAAAUUAUGUUGUUCAAUAUAUAUUGGACCUCGCGGAACCUCGUUUUACAGAACCUCUCUGCCAAACGUUUAUCGGAAAGGUAUCAAUGCUUUCAAAGCAGAAAUUUAGCUCCAAUGUCAUUGAAAAAUGCCUUCGAACUGCCGAUUUUCAGAGUCGUCGCCUCCUUAUUCAGGAGAUGUUGCCGGUGAACGAGCUUGAAAGAAUGCUACGAGAUUCCUUUGCAAACUAUGUCGUCCAAACCGCAAUGGACUAUGCAGAUCCUGAGACGCGCGUGGCUCUCAUUGAGGCCGUUCGACCAAUUCUUCCUUCUAUCCGCCAAACUCCUCAUGGACGUCGCAUUGCCGGAAAAAUCAUGAGCAUUGAUUCUCAGAGCCGUACUAAUGGCGCCGCCAAUGGCCAGCUUACUCCUAACGGACGCGAAGAGAACGGACCUUAUCCCCAGUCCAAGUCGUUUUCCAAUCCGACCAUUUCUCAAUAUGGACCACAAUUCAAUACCAGCAUUUCUGACAGCAUGAGCGCCGGCUCCUCUAUGACCGUUAUCACAGGCGACUCUUCAGUGUCGAAUGGAGGAUCCACCGCCCCAACAUCUGAAUCCAGUACCCCCAUUUACUGCCCGAUUCCGCAACAAGGGGCCAAUGUCUUGAACGGAAUUAACGGCGGCGCUCAGGGUUUUAGCCUUUAUUAAUGGCCCCUUUGCUGUCGACCCUGUCCUUUUAUUGUCUCAUUACAGAUUGUACCACCAAAUGAAACGACGAAAUGACUGAUGAUGAUUACGGCCGCAACCCGAGAAAAAAGAAAGAGAAGAAUGAUAAAGAAAUUCCCUGUGCAAACGCAAGGAUCAUGACAAAAAAGACUUGCCAUAUAGCAGAUUUGCAAAUCUCGGCCCAUGAUCUCUUCUCUGAAUCUUGAUGACGCAUUGUUUUGUUUCUCGUACAAGGGUAUAUCUAUCUGCCCUGUUGUACAACUCGCCCAUACGCAUCAAGCCCUCUUUUUGGCCUUUGUACCCAGCAAUGACUUGAGAGAAACAGCUCAGCUGCUUUUCAUAUGGAUACACUGCUGUCCCUUACGAUGUUUUUGACGGUGCCGCUUCCACUUUAACAUUGAUAUGCAUACUUUUGCUCCAUUCUUUUGCACAACAUUACGGGCUGCUUGUCUACAACAUCCAAUUCAUUCCUUUUGCAAUACUGGCGCCAUUUCACUUGCUUUGAAUGCAGUUUGCCAUCCUGUCGAUAUCACCAUUUUGAUUUUUCUGGAUAUACGCACGCACAAUCCCGCGAUCAGAACCCAGGAAAUCCGACAAGAUCAGCAUGGUUUGGCGGACCUCCCUUUUCUUGAUAUGCAAUCCUGGUUUUUUUUUCUUUACCUUCAUUUCUUUGACUCUGCUGUACUUUUAUCUUUGUUUCCAGGGCUUGAUUAAAUCCUACAACGACAAUAAGAUUUCCUUGGAUUUUAUCGGAGAUUCAUGGUGGAUGUCGCAUGUCGACUGUAUCUCUCUGUCUCCCGAAUUCGUCUUGACAUCUCAAUGCCUGCCAUCUAAAUGCUCCGUUUGACCUGCACACACUUUUACUUUCCUUUUACUCAUUUUACUUUCGAGGCUUUGUAUUCACGAUUGCUUUCCCCGGAUUAUGAUUUCCCCCCCCUUGAUGAAUAACCCCCACCAGCCUUGUAUCAUGACCCUUUUAUUGCCCUCUCAUCUAGAAUAGAUGUACCCAUAUUCCCCAAUUUUCCCCCAAAUUCCCCCGAGUUACAGUAAACUAAGUUGCAGAGCUUUAGCGCAUCAGCGUAGCAUAGCACGAGCAAUAAGCAUCAACUUUGUUAAACCUAUUUC